AUUGUAUCCGACCUUGACGCUAUUUAUGAACAGUUUCGUGUGAGUGCUUUUCUUACUGCAGGGCAACGAAGGGUAAAUGUGCUGGAAGAAGAAACUAAACUCUCAAGAUGGUGUAUGGGAGUAUUUUAUAAAUAAACUUUCCCUUUUCGUACCAGACCACGUGGCUCGAUUUUCGAAAUAUAUAUGCGUUGUUAACAACGCAAAUGCUAGCACGUCGUGUUCUUCCUCCUCACACAUUCACUGAUUCUGACUUGUGUGCCAUUGUUUUAGAUCUUUUCUGCUUCCAAAUAAACGUAGGUGACACAUGCUACAAUGGUAGCUGUUUAGCCGUGAUUUCUUUUCAAAUUAAGGCUGUUACUUUGUGUUGGGCAAUUCAUUCACAGUGAUAUUUAUUGAUAAUAACAAUUUGUAACUAGGAACUACUUCAGAAACAGCGCUACACACAAUAAUUCCGGUAUAAUAAGUAGCAUACUGUUCUGCCGACUUCACUAGACGUUUCUAUCCUGAGGGUUUUGGGAUAUCCAUCGGUCUUGUGACUGUCUGUCAAGGAGGCAAAUCAUUGUUCUGAAUAACUUUUCUCGUGCACAGUUAGCUGUGAAAUAUCUGAAUGAGUGACAUACAAUAGCCUAAGUGUACUACGCGUUGGUAGCGAUCUAUUCCACUUAGUGGAAGUGAGACGUCAUUUAAAAGUUGGACAUAAGUCUGUUCGAAGAAUUGUUCAUUCAUAGUUCCGAGGUUAGACGUAAUGUAUCCAGAGUUUGUAUUAUUCAUUUCCAAACAUCAACAAAUUCCAUAGGUCACCAUUCAUUUGUUAUCCAGAUUUUAGGUAAAAGUUUACUUGGGACCACACUGGUUAGUUUGGGUAUCAGUCACAUUUCAGCAUUGUUACAACUAACUACUGUACCACGUACUUCAACGACAAAUCCUGUCCAGUAUCGCAGGUAUCCUGAAUCUACAUUAUGCAAGAACAACUUAUGAAGGAAACAUUAAAUCAAAUAGCGCUAAAUUUGUGACGCUAGUGAGUUCCGCAUUACCAUAUAUGUGCUUAUAGAGAUAUCAAACAGGUUCUGAUUUUCCCUCAUCAAAUGACUGACAAUAAUCACCCUGACCAUUCAGAAAGUAUACGAGGAACACCCUGGAAUAAUGAAGAUACCUUCCCAGGCUUUGUUUCACCAUUCAGUAUAUUCUCAGAUCGUCCAUCAACUUCUGCAUUCGCUAAUAUUGGACAAAUUGAACCUACACAUCCUCCCAUAGAACAAAAUCAACGGCCAAGAACUUUAGGCGAAACUCUAGGCAUCAGUUUAGAAAUGUCGUCGUCACCAUUUCAUCAAAAUCAAGCACCAUCGUCUACUUCUCCAUUUAAUGAAUUUAAAUUUCCUGUUGAUACUGAAGGAAAAGAUUUGAACUCAAACAUCUUUAGUUCUGAAGGCAAGGAGUCUCCGGACAACAUUGUAGAUCGUGAAUUGGUUGUAUUUCGUCGACCAUCCAAUGUAUCCUCCGGAGAAUCGUUUGUUGACGAUUUACCGGAUGAAUUCUUUGAACACACUGAAGAAGAUAUACGUAAAUUAAUGCGUUCAUAUCGUAAUGAAUGGGCGGAAAAUCAACCUCUUCAAACAUCGACUAUGCGUUCAGAAGCUCGUCAUAAAUCCUAUUCUAAAUAUUGUCGAGCUAUUAUUCAAUUUCACUGGGUUGAUAAUCUUAUUGUUCAAGCAUGUUUCCUUCCUACUGAAAAAGUGUCAGCAUUAUAUAAAUUUAUUCGUGAUCUGCAAAAUUCUACUUGUGAUUUUAAACUAUAUACUACUCCGCCUAAAUUGUUUCUAUCUGAUACAAAUAUUACAUUGAUUGAAGCUGAUUUAGUACCUUUAUCAAAAGUAUUUUAUCAUCCUACUGACAUAUCAGCUGAUAAUGUUCUGAGAUCAGAUAUAUUAGAUAAGGCCAGUGAAGAGAAUAUUAUUAAAGCUCAGUCAGUUGUUACUUACUGGAUGAAAAAAUCACCAGCCGACAACUCAAUUCAAAACAGUUCGUCUCUUAGGGAUAUUGACACUCAGAAAAACUUAAGACGCACUGAUAGACCUGCUUCUAAUUCAUGCAGUGUGCCAAAGUGGCUGAAAUUAAAAAAGUGAAUUCAAUGAACCGCUUUAUUCUGCACAAAGUACAAAUGCUUCGUCUGACGUCCAAUUACCCUCUUUGGAGGGUAUAGGAAAUUCUAGGGUUUUGCACUGUAUUUUGUGAAUUCCGUUUGUUUUUCUUUCCUUUGGAGAGAUGUUUACAGUGUACUUUUUUUAUUUUGACAUUAUUGAAAAUAAAUGACUUUUAAUGCAUUCGACUUCUUAUUGACGCCUGUUCCGGUGUUAUUUAAUUCACUAACCUCAUCAAGCUAAAUUCCAGGUAUAACAAUAGUUUCAGUGAGAUUGUGAACCGAUCAAUGUCAGACCAUUAUAGAAAACAUGGAAGCAGUGGGCAACCAUUUCGUCCUAGUGUGGGACUUCUCAACAGUGCGCAUCCACUAUUUUAUUUAUUUAUUUGAACACAUAAACAUUGGUACAAGGAGACACCAAAUAUAUAUUCGCCACAUAGAUCAUUCGAUCUGUGUGAGGGCUGGGAUACUGUCCGGGUGCCCAAACCGAACAGGUGGUUUCCUUCGGAGGCCACACCUAGAGCCUUCGACCUAUAGGUCCAACCAACAAGGCAGUAGAGUAACGUUAAGUGCCGUACGGUGGUAGCCGGUGACCAACAAUAGGUUCAUAUGCCAUUUGUUUACUUAGGAUCCUGGAGCCCUUAUUCACUAUUGGAUUGGAGUUGGGGUUUUCCAACUCCUUUAGAUGUACUCUCCGUGUGCACCAACCCGGUUAGAACACCGGACAUUCGCUUUUCGUAAAGAACAGUAAUACAGCGAGAAGGCAGUGAGUGGGGGUUCCUCGGUAGUGGUGAUAUGCACGUUGCCAUGUGAGAGCAUUUGUAGAGAGAUAGCUGACUCUCACCUUGCUCGACCGUACAAGGGCAUUUGGGCGCAUCCACGAUCUCUCGCACGAGUUCAGUCACAGUAGAAAAAUUCAUACGGUUCCUACUCAUCAGAAAUUGGUUGUUGUUAUUGGUUUACUAAAAUACAAUAUUGGGUCUGGACGAAUUGGUUCUUCAACUAUGAAACCCAAGUGCACAGUGCUCUUUUAUAUAGUUUAUUAGUAAUAGAUCAUAUUGGUAAGUGAUAAUAAUGAAUCACACCGUUUUAUAAAUGAUAGAAUAUCAAUUGUCGGUACGUAUCAGACACGAGAUUAAAUAGUAAUAUACUUAUUAUGCGUUAAUGAUUGGAGACAGAUUAUACGAAGUUCUUAUUGUCAAUCGUUGCGGUGCAAACCGUCGGAUUAAGCAGAUGCCUACUGGUAUAAGUACAUAUCACUUGUGAAAAUAGCUCCUCAACUCAAAGUAUGGUAGACACUAGAUUCCGACUCGUUCAUAUCGGUUUCAGUGUUCCCCUCCACUCUAAUCGAGAUUGAACGCACCAGAGUCAGUAAAUUGAGUUUACAGUAAACAGAGAAAUUUCUUGUAAAUGAACAUUAUUUCAGAUGUAUAGAGCAGGGAAAACAGCAGUUUCCAAACACAAGUCGGUUUUAGG